AUGGAACAGGUCAUUUACCAUGGUUUGUCUGAACUGCAGCGGAAAAUAUACCUCAAUAUACUGAUACGAAAUUACGACGUGGAGCCAGAACCGUUUGAAGAAGGCGAACAUCUGGUAGAAGCGAGUGGCAAACUUUAUACUCUGGACCUUUUGUUGAAAUACCUGUCCGCCAUGGGACACAAGACGUUGAUCUUUUCGCAAAUGACCCGCAUGCUGGACAUCUUACAGGACUACUUGACAUACCGAGGCUAUACGUACGAAAGAUUGGAUGGUUCGGUUCGGGCCGAAGAGCGUUUUAACGUCAUUCGCCGCUUUUCGGACGAUGAAGAAACGUUCGUGUUUCUGCUGAGUACUCGGGCCGGUGGCAUUGGCAUCAAUCUGUCGGCGGCAGACACGGUGAUCUUCUACGACUCAGACUUCAACCCGCAGAGCGACCUCCAGGCAACGGACCGAGUCCACAGGAUCGGUCAGACAAAGUAA